AUGGACGAACAGAACACCUUCGUGGACGACGAGUGGGCGUCGCUCUUACUCGAUUCAUCAGCCGUGCCUCUCGCGGACAUCGAUAUGUCAGCUUUUGCCAACCUAUCAAGCGAUAUGCUAGAGCCGUUCCGCGACGAGACUACCAUACCGCAGGAUGAAGCAGGAGCAGCUGUUGACGUGGAACUCGGAAACCGGCCGUUUAGCGAACCGUUUCCGUUUAACACAACCGACGCGCUUUUUUGCGAUGAAGGUGGCGAUAUUCGCACAGCCGGUGGGUCGAUGCUAGUCGAUACGCCUCCUAGCGGCCGGUCGUCACCCGAGCCGUUAGCUUCCGUCAACGAUCACGGCCUGCCGUAUCUGGUGCAAGGAGGUAGCCAUGGCGCCGACGGCAGCAGCGACGGUGACUGCGCCAGUGGUGACUGUAGAAGCGGUGAUUGUGAGAGCGGUGGCUGUAAGGAGGGGAGCAGUCAGGUUGGGAGUCCGUGGCAUCAGUCAAGUGCCAUGUCAGCAGUUCCGUUUGCUGCUGCUGCUGCAGCUCCGCCGUGUGCCGCUACCCCUCCGUCGGCUACAGGCGUGGUGUCAAGCAUGGGCGGAUUAUUCGCCGGCAUGUUGCCGUCUUCCCAGAAUUUGGGGAGUACGGUGAAGCAGGAAACAGGUUUUGCUCAGCAACAGCACAUGACGACUCAAUUGGCGAUGCAAAGUGUUUCAGUACAGGGUGUGCCUUUUCCGGGGUCUGUGAGUCCCUGUUUCCAGCAGCAGCAGCAGCAGCAGCAGCAGCAGCAGCAGCAGCAGCAGCAGCAGCAGCAGCAGCAGUAUCGCUUGCAAAAGCAGCAGCAGCGCCGGCAGCAGCGGCAGCAGAAGCAGUUACAGAAGCAGCAGCAGCAACAGCAGCAGCAACAACAGCAGCAAGGGAAUACAGCAUGGGUGGGUGGUGCGUCAAUGGGUUGCUAUCCCGCUCCAUGCUCGAAUCCGACUCUCCCCAUUCCUACGACUUCACCAGCCUCCUUCCAAAUUCCCACAGCACUGGAUGCUGCCACGUCUACGGUUGCAAACGGCGUCCUUUCCCCUGGAAACGCAAGUUCUGGGAACGUUCAAAAGGAGUGCGAAAGCGGGGGAGCAGAGGCGCGGGGAUCGGUUGCUGGUGGCGGGAGUGGCGCUGCCGUUGCGGCGGAAGAUGCGGGCAGCGAGCCGAGCGAGGGGGAUGCGGGGGAAGGUGAGGGGGAGGGGAGGGAUGCGGAGACGGAGAAGCGGGAGGCUAGGCUGAUUAGAAAUCGGGAGAGUGCGCAACUUUCGCGGCAAAGGAAGAAGGUAACCAGCCUCGCCUCGCACUCGAUCAACGUCGAGUUCCGUUCGUGCGCAACUCAGCUGCUUGACGCCCGCAUCAUCGUUCUCGCAACACGCUAUGUGUAUCCCAACAACUCUCCCCCCUUCAACCCUUUCCCCCUCCCCCCUCCUUCUCCCCCGUUCCCCCGGCAGUACUACAUGGACGAGCUGGAGGCGCAGAUCCGCACCAUGUCCGCGGCGGUGGCGGAACUUAACUCCGCCGUCGCGCAUCUCACCGCGGAGAACGUCAGCCUCCGCCGCCAGCUCGCCUUCUUCUACUCCUCCCCUUCCGCCGCUUCCGCCGCGUCCGCCGCCGCUGCCGCUGCAGCAGCUGGAACUGGAGCUGCUGCAGGGUCGGCGGGUGCGUUAGGUUCGGGAAUUGCCGCAUCAGGCCCGGCACGAGGCUCGGGUAGACGCAGAAGGGGAGGUUCGGCAGCAGCGGCUGUAGCGCCUCCCAGUGCACUCUCGCCCGGUCUUGUUCCUCCGAUCCUGGGAGGGCUGGCUGGGAUUGGAAGCAUGGGGGGAAUAGGGUUACCACUCGGGGCGUUAGGGUUACGCGGUUUGUUCCCCCCCGCUCCGCCUGUCCCGAUUCCGAAGCUGAAGAACGUGAGCCGGCCGGAGUCCGCGCGCAAGAAAAAAGGCGCGCCUGGGGGGAGUGGCGCGAAGGCGAGCGGUGGGGAGAAGGACAGGGGCGCGAAGAAGCAGAAGAUAGAAGGAGAUGCGCAUGUGGGUGCCACGAAAGCUGCGGAUACUGCGGAAGCUGCUGCCACUCCUGCUGCUUCUACUGGCGUAGCAGCUACAGCAGCUGCCACCAGGCCUGUCAGGCCCUCCUCGCCACCCCGUGCUGUCUCCGCCGCCAAGGCACCCGCUCUCGUCCUCGCCAUGUUUGGUUUCUUCCUGAUCCUCUGCCCCUUCCUGCCGCCCAGCGGCGAACUGACACGUGGCGUGGCGCCGGCGUAUCCAGGCUGGCAGAGCAGCGUUACGAGCUGGCAGGGCAGCGGGACCGGUAGUUGGGAGCAAGUGGCCGGGGCCUGGCGCGAGGGAUGGCGUUGGUGGGGUGGUGGCGCGCCGAGGGGCGCAGGGAGGGGAGGGGUUCCGCGGGGAGAAGAGUGGGGAGGAGGGUUGGGAGGGGGUGGGUCGUUGAGGCCAGGAGGGCGGGUGCUGCUGGGUCUGGGGGAGGAGGAGGAGGGCGGGGAGGGGGGGAGGCAUGCAGUGGGAGGGGACGGAAUGGGCGUGUGGUGGAGGGACAGAGGGAAUGGCAGCAUGAGCGGUUCAGUACCACAGCAGCAGCACGGUCAGCACUCGUCUUCUCUGCACUCCUCUUCCCUGGGCUCGUCGGCGUCGGCUUUGAACCCUGUGUGGAGGCACAGGGUGGUGAGCGGCGCUCGGGUGGAGCAGCAUGCUGUUGACAGGCAGCAGCAGCGGUUCCCUGCCUUCGCAGCGGUGUCACGAGGCCAGGUGCCCAACCUCACAGCCGGCAGGGCUGCAGCAGACAGGGUUACAGCAGAUAGGCCUAGAGAUGGCAGGGAUGCAGCAGAGAGAGCGAGAGCGGCAGGCAAGGCCCUUGUGCCGUGGCGCCAGUGGUCACCUGCAAGCACGCUCAGGAGCCAGUCAGCAGGCAGUGCGAGAGGUGGGAGAGGUGGCAGUGGUGGCAGCGCUGGCAGCGGUGGCAGCGGUGGCAGCAGUAGCAGCAGUGGCGCUUAUGGUCCGCGGGUCAGUGGGAGUGGCUGCGAUGGCAGUGCCUCUGCGGGGCUGAGGGCUGGGGUUGGCGGUGGUGGUGGUAGAGUGGCGGGUGCGCUACCAGGAGCAGCAGCAGUGGAGGGUUCGUUGCCGUGGAAUCAGCAGCACUGGCAGCAGUGGCUGCUGCAGCACAGCUCAGGUGAGGAGGACGCCGGAGCACAGGGCCCUCUGUUCCAGUCGCAUACAUGCACGGAGCUCUUCCGGUUUGACUCCCAUCCAACCCAAGCGGCGCAGGAGGGGGAGGCACAGGAUGGGGCAGGAGAGGCAACGACACAUUCAGCAGGCAGCAGCAGCAAGAGGAACUCAUCUGGUGGCUGUGCAGGCAGCGGCAGUGCAAACUCCAGUGCAACGGACAGAAGCAGAAGCAGUGGGGGCCACAUUCCGGGUUCCUCACAUCUCAACUCCGCCACAGCUUCCGCCAGAACGACCACCAGCUCCGGCAGCAGCAGCAGGGUCACCGAGGAGACUAAGCCCUUCUCGCCUGUGCCUGUACCUGUGCCUGUGCUGUCUCGCCGCAUGUUCUUGCGGAGGCGGUAUUUGAACGAGCUGCCGGCGUCAAAGCAGGCCAUUCCUCUGCCUGACUCCAACCAGGCCAUUCCCCUCCUGCCUCCCACUCACGACUCUGAUGGGGUUGUGAAUACAGGAGGUCGGCACAGCGGCGCCAGCAGCACGACGAGUGUUGAUGUGGGCAGCAGCUUGGAACACAAUGCAACUACUGAGGGGAGUCCGAUUCGGUCGGUCCCAGUUGCAGUGCCUGGUCAGCAGCAGCAGAGUGGGUUUGGCCGGCAGAGCGCGUUCGCACAGCCUGAACCAGUCGUUGUGUCGAUUCUCUCGGACUUUGAUGCAAGUAGCGUGGGAAGUUUUUUCCAGAGUGGGACGAGGGGAUUCGCUGCAGGAUUUGCCGGGCCGGAUGGGGGUGUGGGGUCAGAGAGAGUGAAUGCAGAGCGAACGGGCAAAGGUGCAGAGGAGGAGGUGAGUGGAGGGAUGGGUGGAAGUGUUGUGGUGAUGGUGACUAGUGGGGGGAAGAGUGUGGCUUAUGCUUGUGCUUUAGGUGGCUCUAAAGGGAAGAGCAAGGACUUUGUCGACAUCGUUCUGUCCAAAACGCAGCGCGGCACGCCGACGGUGAUCCACAAGGGCAGCGCCGUUAACAGAAUCCGUCAGUUUUACAUGCGCAAAGUCAAGUUCACGCAACAGACGUUCCACGACAAGCUCACGACGAUUCUCGACGACUUUCCGCGGCUCGAGGAGAUUCAUCCGUUCUAUGGCGACCUCCUUAACGUCCUCUACGAUAAGGACCAUUACAAACUCGCGCUUGGACAGGUGAACGUGGCGCGCGGAAUCAUCGACCGCAUUACCAAGGAGUACGUGCGCCUGCUCAAGUAUGGCGACUCGCUGUACCGUUGCAAGCAGCUCAAGCGGGCCGCGCUCGGCCGCAUGUGCACGCUCAUGCGCAAGCAGGGCCCGUCGCUCGCGUACCUCGAGCAGGUCCGGCAGCACAUGUCGCGUCUGCCGUCCAUCGACCCCAACACGCGCACCAUCCUGGUGUGCGGGUAUCCCAACGUGGGCAAGAGCUCGUUUGUGAACAAGGUGACGCGCGCUGACGUGGAGGUGCAGCCGUACGCCUUCACCACCAAGUCGCUGUUUGUUGGGCAUACUGACUACAAAUAUUUGCGCUGGCAGGUGAUCGACACCCCUGGUAUCCUGGACCAUCCCUUGGAGGAGCGCAACACCAUUGAGAUGCUCGCCGUGACAGCGCUGGCGCAUCUGAGGGCCGCCGUGCUGUUUGUGGUGGACGCGUCUGGCAGCUGUGGGUACACUCUGGAGCAGCAGUCAGCGCUGUUCAACUCCAUCAAGCCCCUCUUCCUGAACAAGCCGCUGAUGGUGGUGUGCAACAAGGUGGACUUGCAGCCGCUGGAAGCGCUCUCGGAAGCUGACAGGAAGAUUCUACAAGACAUGGCGGCUGAAGCCGCCCGGUGCGGAGGCCCCGGCAUCGCUCCUCCUGCUGCUGCAGCUGAGGGAGGGGAGGGGGCGAUGGAGGCGGUGAUGGGUGACGGUGAUGGCGCGGGAUGUCUGCUGACCAUGAGCACCAUGACUGAUGUCAAUGUGGCUGCUGUCAAGAACGCUGCUUGUGAACGACUGCUGCAGAUGCGCGUGGAAGCCAAGAUGCGCAGCAAGCGAGUUGAGGACGUGGCGAACCGAAUCCACGUAGCUAUGCCGCGCCCGCGAGACAACAAACCCCGCCCGCCAGUCAUCCCACAAGCAGUUCUGGACCGGCAGGCCAAGGGCAUCAAGCCGUCCGAAGGCCGCAAGCUGGAGAAGGAUUAUCAAGAGGAGAUGGGCGGCGCGGGCGCCUACGUGGCGGACCACACGCGGCCGUACCUGCUGGGCGACGACACGUGGCGGCACGACGUGGUGCCGGAGAUCAUGGACGGGAAGAACAUCGCUGAUUUCGUGGAUGCGGAUAUCCUGGCGCGGCUGGAGGAGCUGGAGCGCGAGGAGUGGGAGAUGGAGCAGCAGGCGGAGGGGGUCGGCGAGGGCGAGUGGGGCGAAGCUAUGGACGAUGAAGAGGAGGAUCUGGCGCCAGAAGAGGCCGAGGCAUUGGCGGCUAUCAGGCUGAAGAAGAAGCGCCUUAUCACUCACCGCCAUCGCCAGCGCAGCGUCACCGACAGCCGGCCAAUCCUGCCGCGCCACGCGGACACGGGGCGGCAGUUCACAGCGGAGCGCAUGCGGCAGGAGCUCUCCUCCAUCGGCCUCGACCCCUCCGCUGCCCUCGCUCGCAUCAAGGCCGGCAAGACCGGGGAGGGCGGGGACGUUAGUGGUGGUGGCACGGUGGCCAAGGGGAGGAAGAGGAGCAGGUCAAUGGCGCGAGAUGGGAUGGAGGUGGAUGGGGAGGAGGGGAGGGGGAGACGGGGGGCAUCGCGGGGCCGGGAAGGGAAGCGGGAGGGGAGGGAAGGGAGGGAGGAAGGGGAGGAGGGGAUGGAGUUGGAUGAAGGGAAUGAGGAGAGGCUGAGGAAGAGAAUCCGGCACAUGUCGCGAUCGCGGUCCCAGUCGCUGGGGAGGAUAGGCGGGACGGCGUCGGCGCUGGCUGCGGAGGCGGUGCCUGGGGAGGGGUUCAGAGACACGGAGCAGAAGGUGGGGGCGAUUCAGCUGGCGCGGAAGCACGCGAAGAAGCGCAACGUGCAGAGCAGGAAGGGCGAGGCGGACCGCACGAUUGUGAACGUUCGCCCCAAGCAUCUGUUCGCGGGGAAGAGAGGCAUUGGGAAGACCGACCGGCGGUAG